CGCGGGGGACAGCGCUGCGGGCCAGACCCGGGGCGGCGUGGCAGCGUAGCCGCGGUCGCCGGGACGUGCCGAGGGGGUCGUCGGGCGCGACCGAGAGAACCGGCGACAGUCGCCGGAGCGUUGUCCAGCUGAGCGCCUGGGCCGCCGCGACCUUCGGUUCUCGGGGGACUUGGCAGAGGAGACCCGCCUGCGGGAGGGAGCCGGAGGAGCAGGACCUUCGGGCUCAAAAAGUGCCGAAGAACUGAGCACCCUGCCCACUGUGGCCACCUGAGGCCAGGUGGGGCCAUGGCAGGGCAGGGCUGCCUGGGGCUGGGGCUGUUCUGCUGGGUCCUGCUUGCUGUUCCAGUGGGCCCCCAGCCUGCCUCCUCCGUCCCAGGUGUCCCUCUCACCACUCUGACCCCACCACCUCAGAGUGAGGCCUCUAUGCUGUCUCUCAACCUGGGACUGAACUUCAAAUUCCACCUUCGGGGACCUGCUGCCGCCUGGGGGAUCUCAGUCACGGAGACCCAGCCACUCUCUCCUGGGCCAAGCCGGGAGCCGGAGGAAGAGGUGGCCAGUGGGCCGAGGACUGAUCCCCUUUGGGAACUGCUGGUGGGCUCCCUUGGGAACUCCCCCCCAGAGUGGGGCUCUGCUGAAGGCAGCUCUACUCCCUGGGCCUCCUCCCUGUCUCCAGAGUCCACCUCCCCCCUCUCUGGGCCCACUGACCGGCCCACUGCUCCCUAUCAGCCCAGGAUGGGCACUGUGACCUGGGACACUGCUCUGACAGCCACAGCACCUCUGUCCAGUGCUCCCAGGCUCCGCCAGAGUGAGCUGGAGCUGAAGUUUGACAUGGCGCUGAGGGCAGGCGCAGCCCCCACGCUUGGGCAUCGGACCCUGCCCCUGCUGCCCAGCCUGCGGGCCAGUCUGGCAGAGAUUGCAGGGCGCCUGGGACCAUUUGGCUUCUUUGGCACUACUUUGUCCCCACUGCGGAACUUCUCAGGCCCAAGCCCUCCAGGCCCAACUCCAUCCCCAAGCUCUGCGUCUAGAGUUUCAGAUUCUCCAGGGCCUGGGACACGGGCCACUGCUCCCAAGGGGAAAUGCCUGUUUGGUGUACAUUGGCUCUCUCAGCGGUUCUUUGGCACCACUCUGUCCCCGCCCCCAUCCCCCCUGGAGAGAAAGCUCCCAAGCACAGGCCCGUGGGACCCAGCCGCCUCCUUAAACUCUGCCACGAUGGCAACAGCCUCAGUAGACCCCACCAUCCCCAACUUUGGCCCAGAUGACUCCUCUCCUGCCAGCCUUGGGAAGCCUUCGGUGGAGCCAGAGUGUGGGUCAGGGUCCUGCCACAUGGGAGAACUGCCUGAACCCGAAGGGCCGCCUCCCGUGGCUCCGCUGCCCCUCUUCUUCCUGACCCUGGAAGCCAACUGGGCAGAGGCCAGAGCUCGCUGGGGGCUGGCCUGGGAGGCCCACGUGUACGGGGUAGGCGCGCUCUUCGGCCUGGUGGCCGUGCUGGCGCUGCUGGCCCUAGCCCUCUUGCCCUGGCGCUGCCCGCCGGGCGCCCCCUGCCUGGCGCUGCUAGACCUGCUCCUGCUCUCGGCCGGGACCACGCGGGCCUUCCCGCUCUUCUACGACGCCUACGGGCACCGCGAUCGGCUGCCCCCGCUCGCCUGGCUGCUGCUGCAGGACCUUCCGCUGCCCUGCCUGGCUGCCGGCCUGGGCCUGGCCUGCCUGCUGCUGGCCCGGCCGCGCCCGCCGCGGUGUCCCGCUGGGCUGGCCGCGCUGCUGCUCCUGGGGCUGGGGCUGGCGGCCGCCGCCGCCGUCGGGAGCGCAGCCCACCGCCCGCUGCGGCCUCUGCGUCUCGCCUCCCGCGGGCUGCACGCCUUUCUCGCCGCCCUCCUCUCCGGGCUCCUACUGGCGCUCUCCUGUUGGGGAGGACGGCGGCGGCGGGCCGGAGCGCCCCUGGGAGGGUCGGGCUUCAAGGGCGCCACCCCGCUCCCGCAGGCGCGCAGCCCCUUCGCCCCGCGCGAAUCCUGGCAGCGCGCGGCCCGCACAGCUCCAGUGGCGGGGACCUUCGGGCUGCUGAGCGGAGCCCUGCAGGGCUACGAGGUGCUGCACGCCUUGGGCUAUGGCGGCCAGCCUGGCCUGGAGGGACCCUGGCCCUGGUGGGCCUUCCAGCUAGGCCUGCGCUUGGGCGAGGUGGGCGUCGCGAUCCCGUUGGCGCUGCUGGGCCUCUACCCGGCGCUCAGCAGCCACCGUGUGCCGCCUCGCUGCUGGGCCAAGCUCUUCCGCUUGUCCCCGGGCCACGCAGCCCCACUGCUGCCCGGGGGCUGGGUCACCGGGCCCCCGGACAAGGAGCCCCUGGGUGGCGCCAUCGCGCGUGGCGACGCGGAGCUGCUGCAGCUGUGCGCCCUGGCAGGACCUGGCCCCGACCUCCUGCUCCAGGGAGGCGGCUGCCGGGGCUUCGAUGGCGCGGCGGCCAACCCGGCCCCUUCUCCGGCCUCCUCCCCCUGCAGCGACUACACAGUGGACUUCCGCCCGCCCUCCCCAAUCAACCUGAGGCGCAGCAUUGAGGAGGCCCUCUGCAGCGAGGCGCUGCUCACGCCCGGCCUCUUCCAGGGCCCUGCCUUCGGGGAAACCGCGCCUGGGCUCGGCCUUUACCGCACCACCUCGCUGGUGGCGAAGAUGGGGGUCGGGCCCAAGGGGAAGUCUGAGGAGGCCCCUGGCUCCCCUGUGCCCUUGGAGCUCCCUUCUCCCCGGGCCUGGCCCAUGGGCAGCAGCGCCUCUUCGGGCUCACUGUGCGGACUUUCGCGGGACAGCUCGUCCAUGCUACUGUGCUCCAGCCCCGACAGGCCCCCACGCUGUCCGCUGGUCUGCGUCCUCAGUCCCCCGCGACCCUCGGGGAGUAGCCCUAGCCUCCCGGGCUCAGGCUCCUACCAGGCCCUGUCCCCACCCUCCCGCGACUCCCCAGAGCCUACUCCUGAGCUGCAGGCCGCAGAGGCUUUGCUGCAGGAGCAAUUCCUGGACGCCUGUCGACAGAUCGAUGAGCUGAGUGUGGGCAGCGACACCAUAGACCUGUGAAGAGGCGGCCCCCUGGCCGCCCCAGCCUACGCCCCCUCCUGGCGCCUGCUCUGCCUGAGACCUGCACACUGUAGCUCUUUCCCAAUCCUGCCUGGCUCAGAUACCACUCCCCGCUUCUUCCCCAUCCAGGGGUCGCUGGGUGGGUGGGUCAGCAGCCAGGCUCUCUUGAUUGGGGUUAGUGCCACCUCCCCUGGAGCCCUGGGCACGGAUGCCCUCUGCUGCAAUUCUAGGCUGGCAGGGGUUCCACUUGCCUUGGCAUUCACCAGCAAUAAAGCUCCAAGGUGCUCCACUCCUGACCACCAACUCCCCACUCCGGUGCUGAGUGAGAGGGGCUGUCCUCCAAGGACCUCGAGACUGGCUUCAGUCCCCACACCCACCUGUGCCAUGCCCAGGAAUCCCAUUCCUGUGUGAGUGAGACUCCCUGUCCUCCACAUGAUCCUUCCCUGUAGAAGGGUCCAUGGCCCAUCCAGGAGACUCCACAGCAGUUGGGUGGGAGGUGAGUGCUUCCAGAGUUAAUUUAUCAAUAAAAUAUUUUCAGAGAAAGGUCUAAUCUUCUUGGAAAAGCUUAGAUCAGCCCACAGCAGCAGCCAUUCCAUCAGAACUGGAAGAUAAGCCUUGUUUGGGUGGGGAGGCUUCAUCUCACACCUGGGUGACCUGUAUUCUCGAUUGCAAGGACCCUUGUUGUCCUACAGCUGGGAUGAGUGAGGGCCCUGGGAGUGACCCUGUGAAAACCCUCUGACUCUCUGGGAAGUGCCUUGUCAGAGAAGAAGCAGGCCCUGGGAAGUGAGGCAGGACCUCUACACCCAUUGGUAGAAACCUCUGCAUUCCUAGGAGCCUGGCUGCAGGUUGUGGGGGACAGCUGGCUAGGGAUGAGUGAGUCCAUGGUGAAGUCCUCUGUGGAAAUGUUGAUACACACAUCAAGGGCUUGAUCACUUUGAGCUGGAAUCCCCAGCAACUCCCCCUGCCAUGUUCCCAGAGGAACUCACAGAGGACACUACCUACUCCGCCUACCAACAAGGCCUCUUCAAGGUUGGACUUACAAGGCCUCUUUCCCUGCACUCAUCUCCCAUGGUGCAGAUCCUCCCUAACGGGAGCCUAUCUUCCUCCAAACCCUGG